AUGUCCUGCCACAAUAGUAGAUCUACCUGCACGCCUGCCCCCUGCAGCUACACCACGACCUCAUCAUCGUGUUCAUCCCGCCCCGUCUAUACCACCACGAGCACCUACCCUGGCUACGCGGCGCGAGGGCAGCAAGCAGCCGCAAUUCGGACAAAUGGACCUGCCUUCCUCCGACAAAAUGCGAUCAGGGAGGGCUACCUGGUGAAGCAGGGCGGCAUCAUCAAGAACUGGAAACGACGAUUCUGGAUCCUCAGCGGGAUGGCCCUCUACUAUUUUGUCAGCCCAGCCUCGGAGGAGCCGCAGGGCGUGAUCCAGCUCAAGGGCGCCAGCGUGGCACUCAACAACGGGACCUUUCCCAGCAGCGUCCAGCCCAAGUACGUGUUUGCCAUCGACACGCCGUCGCGACGCUACUACGUGGAAGCGGACAACCAGCUUGAAUUCGACUCCUGGGUCGACGCCAUCCAGAGCGCCAUCCGUGGCAAGGUGACGCAGUUUUACAGCCAGCCGAUUCCAGACCAGCGGCCCACGCAGGCCGCGUAUGCGCCCAGCGCCCCGGCGGGCGGUGCCUGGCCGCAGCAGCAGCAGCAGGCGUGGGGCGCGGCGCAGGCCACCCAGAGCGGCUACACGCCCAUCUACCCUUCGCUCAGCGCCUCUGGCCAGCAGCAGCUCCCGCAGCAGUACCAGCAGCAGCAGCAGCAGCCCCAGCAGUACUGGGCGCAGCCACCACCGCAGAGCGGCUACAACGGAGGCUACGCCCCCUACGGCGGCGUGGUGCAGAUGUCCUCCGGCUACUCCUCCAACGCCUACCCCUACCCCGCCCAGCACCAGUAG